AUUUGAACCGGAAAUACUUGCCUCUACUUACGGGUUUUGUCAAUAUUUGUGGGGAUUCAGCGUUUGUGUCCUCAACACAUUUGCUAUAAACGAAAACAUCAAAAGCAAUUCUUUGACAUUAGCACAGCUCACAAAUUAUUUUAGCAACAUGGGGAAGUCAUUUGCAAAUUUUAUGUGUAAAAAAGAUUUUCAUCCUGCCUCAAAAUCUAACAUUAAAAAGGUAUGGAUAGCAGAACAGAAGUUGACGUUUGAAAAGAGGAAACAAGAAGAUCUGAUGCAGGCUUACCUGAAAGAACAGGAAACUUAUAACAACAGGCUGUUGAUGGGUGAUGAUCGUGUGAAAAAUGGUCUCAAUUUUAUGUAUGAGGCACCACCUGGCGCAUCGAAAGAGGAGACAAAAGAGGAAGGUGAAUCAGAGUACAAGUUUGAAUGGCAGAAAGUAGCUCCACGUGAGAAAUAUGCAAAGGAUGACAUGAACAUCAGAGAUCAGCCUUUUGGAAUUCAGGUGCGUAAUGUGAGGUGCAUCAAGUGCCACAAAUGGGGCCAUGUGAACACGGACAGAGAAUGCCCGCUCUUUGGCCUGUCCGGGAUCAAUGCCAGCUCCAUGACCUCUGAGGGUGCAGGUCCGUCGAUGCACCCCUCGGAGUUAAUGGCUGAGAUGCGAAACAGUGGGUUCGCGCUGAAGCGGAGUGUGCUGGGGAGGAACGCCACAGUGUGUGAUCUCACGCAGGAAUAUGUGGUCAGUGAAGAGGAGGAAGACCCUGAAGUUGAAUUCUUGAAAUCUCUGACUAAAAAACAGAAACAGAAACUUCUCAGGAAACUAGAUCGACUGGAAAAGAAGAAGGAGAAGAAAAAGAAGAAAAAGAGCAAAAGCAAGCACAAGAAGAAACAGACGAAUGACUCGACAUCCAGUGACACCUCCGACUGCAGCAGCAGCGAUUCCGACACUGACUCAGAGAGUCAGUGCAAGGCCAAGAAAAGGAAGAAAGUUAAGGGGAAGAGGUCCCUCAGUGGUAGCAGCAAGAAUUCGAAAAGCCCCCUCAAGGCACAACGUUCUCCUCAGAUGGGCAGAUCAAGAAGUCGGGAUCUAGGGAAGCAAGAAUGCAAGGAGGAACCCACAUCUGGGCGAGGAGGCCGGGUUACUGAUCAGAAGAGGCAUGAACACUGCAGCAGAGACAGGCAGGCCCAUUACAGUGGAAGGGGCUUCAGUCCACAGAAAAAGAGGGACAGUGAAGGACACCAGGACGAGAGGAGAAAGGGGAGUGAAGCUGUGGGUAGAGCAUGGAGAGGAAAUGAGGAUGACAGGGGCAGGAGCAGGGACAGGAGCAGGGAAGGGGGCAGGGACAGGAGCAGGGAAAGGGGCAGGGACAGGAGCAGGGAAGGGGGCAGGGACAGGGAAGGUGGCAGUAGCAGGGAUGGGGAAAGGAGCAGGGGAAGGGGUAGAAGCAGAGACAGGGAAAGGGGCAGGAGCAGGGGAAGGAGCAGGGACAGGGAAAGGGGCAGGGACAGGAGCAGGGAAAGGGGCAGGAGCAGGGACAGGGAAGGGGGCAGGAGCAGGGACAGGGAAAGGGGCAGGAGCAGGGACAGGAGCAGGGAAAGGGGUAGGGACAGGAGCAGGGAAGGGGGCAGUAGCAGGGACAGGGAAAGGAGCAGGGAAGGGGGCAGGAGCACGGACAGGGAAAGGGGCAGGGGCAAGUGAAAGGUAAACAGAGUGACAGGUGACAGGCAGAAGCAGACAGGGAAAGUAACAGAGAGGGAUAGAAGCAAUGGGAGAAGACAAAGGAAUGGAUGUGACAGGCAAGCAUCACUUGGGGAAGAGUGUUUUUUUUUUUUUUUUGCAUUUUACAGUACAGACGCAUUACUAUUGUAGUUUAUAUCUGUGUAACAGGCACGUGUUUUAAUGAUGUUCAGCAUGUAUCUUCCCUAAAACUGUACUCAUUCUAUUGGAAUUAAAGUAUUUUGCAUAGAAUAGCUGCAAAAAGGAUAUUGA